GUCCAGGUGGGAUUCUGCUGUGACCUCCAGUCAUGAGGACACUGCUGGACAUGCUGGGGCUGGCCCUGGCUUGCGGCUUGGUUCACGCGACCCUGUCCAAGUCGGAUGCUAAGAAAGCUGCCUCCAAAACGCUGCUGGAGAAGACCCAGCUAGCAGACAGACCUGUGCAGGAGCGGGGCCUGGUGGUGACAGAUGCCCGGGCCAAGGACGUGGUUCUGGAGCACCGCAGCUACUGCUCAGCCCGGGCCCGAGACAGGCACUUCCACGGGGCCGUCCUGGGCUACAUCACCCCGUGGAACAACCAUGGCUACGACAUUGCGAAGACGUUUGGGAGCAAGUUCACACACGUGUCGCCUGUCUGGCUGCAGCUGAAGCGGCGUGGCCGGGAGAUGUUCGAGGUCUUGGGUCUUCACGACGUGGACCAAGGGUGGAUGCGAGCGGUCCGGAAGAAUGCCAAGGGCCUACGUAUCGUGCCUCGGCUUUUGUUCGAGGAGUGGACAUUUGACGACUUCAGAAGUGUCUUAGACAGCGAGGACGAAAUCGAAGAACUUGGCAAGACUAUGGUCCAAGUUGCCAAGAGCCAGCAUUUUGACGGCUUUGUGGUGGAGGUCUGGAGCCAGCUGCUGGACACCAAGCAGGCGGGCCUCGUUCAUAUGAUCACCCACAUCGCUGAGGUGCUGCACCAGGCCCGGUUGCUGGCCCUGCUGGUUGUCCCGCCCUCUGUCACCCCAGGAACCCACCAACUGGGCGUCUUCACAAACAAGGAGUUUGAGCAACUGGCCCCGGUGCUGGACGGCUUCAGCCUUGUGACCUAUGACUACGCCACAGUGCAGCAUCCCGGCCCCAACGCCCCGCUGUCCUGGGUCCGAGCCUGCAUCCAGGUCCUGGACCCCAAGGCCAGGUGGCGGAGUAAGAUUCUCCUGGGGCUCAACUUCUACGGCAUGGACUACUCGGCCUUCAAGGAUGUCCGCGAGCCCAUGGUUGGGACCAGGUACAUCCAGACACUGAAGGAGCACAAGCCACAGUUGGUGUGGGACAGCCAGGCUUUCGAGCACGUCUUCGAGUACAAGAAAACCCGAGGCGGGAGGCAUGUUGUCUUCUACCCAACUCUGAAGUCUAUCCAGGUGCGGCUGGACCUCGCACGGGAGCUAGGUGUUGGGGUCUCCAUCUGGGAGCUGGGCCAGGGCCUGGACUACUUCUAUGACCUGCUGUGA